AUGGGGCGAUGGGGCGGUGGGGACAGGUGUCGAGACGACAGCUGUCUCCGGGGCUGGAGGGCAGGGGUGAGCCGGGGACGUCACGGGGAGGCCCCCGGCGACGCUGCGUGGCUGCGGGCAGGGUCGGGAGGAGGCCCAACGGGGCAGGAAGCCCAGCGCCCGCAGGCCCCGAGGACUCGCCAGGGAGGGCAAGGCCGGGGGUCGACGCCGAGGGGGGCCACAGGGCAGGGGCCACAGGCAGUCCGCCAGGGGGAGAGGGAGGGGCUCGGAACCCAGCGCGUCUACGUUACCAUGGAGACAGACGCGCAGGAGCUGGAGUUAAAGACAACUACCCGAGGCUGGGACCUGGCGGCCGGUGCGGGGAGAAGGCAGCCCCCAGCACAGUGGAGGGGGGACCGGCUGUACACGAACCAAAGCCAGAGUGGAACACAUCAAAAGUAUGAAACCAAAACACGGUAUGCAAAUAAGGUGGAACUGGGAGUAUUGAAAACAACACUGAGCCCCCGGCGACUCUGUUCAGAUAAGGGAGACGAGCCCAAGCCGGGGCUCACAGUGCCCUCUGCCCAUGACGUGGCUCCUACUGCCAGGCAGACAGAUGCUGGGCUCUCGCGGUGCCCGCGCUGCCCUGGGCCCCACCAGAGUCUGCAGGCGCUGUCCACACAGCUGGCACUGUCUGUCUGCGGGCGCCAUCUGCAGGGCUCCAUGCUGCCCCAGUGGCCGCAGCCCCUAGCUGGGCAGCCCCGCCAGGAUGGGGGAGUGCGUCACCCCGGCAGCCAGGGGCACAGAGCACGCGGAGCUGACCGCACCUCCCCUCACACCUCUCUUCUCCCCUCUGCCGCCCAGAAAGCACAGCCUCCUGGGAGGGUUUUGUCUGGGCACAGCCUUGGGGGCCCCUGGCUUGGGGCGGGGGGACAGGCCAGCCAGGACGCUGAUCCUGCAAGCCCCCCGCCUCCCAUCCCUGGCCUCACCAUGGCUGGUGGGGCCUCCAGCCGGAUGGCAUCUUUUCAAACUGAGCUGCACAACCUUCCCGGUCUGCAGCCUGGUGAGAAAGAGGGUGGACGCAUGCCUCUGGAGCAUCACCUGCGGACCCCACGGACCCUGGGGCCCCAGGAAUGGCAGGCCAGAGCGUCGCCAGGCCCCCCACCCCUGCCCCGGGUCAGGAGCUUGACCGCAGCCUGUGUCUUCGGUGACGGCUUCGUCUGCGCCACCCCCCUCCUCGCUUGA